AUGACCUCGGAGGUCACUGAUGCGGUCAAGACAGGGGGCAUAGUCACGGCCGUGGCUGCUGCUGCUGUUGGAGCCCUCUUCGCGUCCCAGCUGUUCAAAAGUGAAAUCGCAGGAGCUGGUGCGGCCAGCGUCAUGUCUGCCCUGACUGACAAGGCCAAGGUGAAGAAGGAACGGCUGUCCGUGGUGGCCGGGACAGACAAGUACCGUGUCAAUAACAAACAUGAUGACGAGUACUCACCGCUGCCUCCCAGCAAAAUCGUCCAGCGGGCAGAGUCUCUGGUGGGGCAGGAGGUGCUCUACAAGCUGACCAGCAAGAACUGUGAGCACUUUGUCAACAGGCUGCGCUAUGGAGUCCCCCGCAGCGAUCAGGUGCGUCCUCAGCCUGUGUCCCUGUCCCCAGGAACCAGACUAUUCCCUCACCUGACAGUGGCUGGGCUUCAGUGUGGGCCGGGCAAGGGUGGGGACAGAGGCAUGAAGGGGACAAAAUAAC